CACAAUCCGCUCUCCCUCCGGAGCCGGCGGCUGCCGCUGUUCCUCCUGCCGCUGCCUCCACCCGCCAUUGGCCGUAAACACCCCCCCCCCCCGCCUCCGCGGUCUUCUCUCCCUGUCCUUGCCAAGCGGGGAAGACGCAGGGCUCUGCUGCCCCUGUGCGUGCGCCACAGAGCAACUUGCAGCCGCGGGGCUCCGAACCGGAAUCGGCGCGGGUCCUGCAUGCACCUGAGCCGGCCGCAGGCGCAGCCGCGGGCCGCGUGCGUGGCAGGAUCCGAAGAGAAGGCGGCGGCGGCGGCAGCCUGAGCUUGCGGGCGGCUGGGGAGCGCUGCCUGCCUAGCCCGACUCGCGGGCACUGGCUAUGCCGGCUGGCUGUGCAGCCUGGCCGGGGCGGGGAGCGCUAAUCGCCUCGGCGGCGCCCUGACUCUGCAGCGGCGGCAGAGAGGGAGCCGUGGCCUUUUGCGAGGUAUGGGCUGCUGCCCUUCGGCUGGGGGCUCGCGUCUCCUGCGGGCCGUACAGCCCUUGCGCGGAGUCGGCUCCGGCUGCGCUGCGGAGCACGAGCAGGGGCUCGCCUGAGCGCGCAACUUGGCCCGGACUCUGUACUGAGUUGCCUAGCAAAGUGCAUCCUCUCCUGGGAGCGCUGCAGAGAGACCGGCCUGGCCGCUGCCUCCGGCCCCUGCUGGGCAUGAGUCCUGCGGAGAGCGUCGCUGGCCAACGGGCAGCCCCCCAGCACCUGGAGUCGGAGACCCCGUGAAGGGGUCUUGUUGCCUCCGCCUUUGCUGCCUCCUGCUUUCCCCAGCAGCGGCCUCGGGUGCCCUGUGCAGGAUGCCGCUUGCCGGGGGCAGCGCGCUGCAGCCCGCUGGAGGGGCUCGCUCCCUCAGCCCCGCCGCCCUGUCCCGCAGUUUGUCCCGCCUGCGCGAGUAUCGGACCCGCUCCCGGAUCAUGCUGUCCCUGGGCGUCACCCAGAUGGUGCUUGGAUGCCUCAUCGUGGCCGUCAGCUUCGCUGCCCUGGCUCUCACCACCUCGGCCAGGGUCCGGCACUCUUGUCCCUUCUGGGCCGGCUUCUCGGUGCUGUUGUCAGGAUUGAUUGGCGUUGUCUCAUGGAAAAGGCCUCUCUCACUUGUGAUAACCUUUUUCAUGCUACUGUCUGCAGUGUGUGUAAUGUUGAACUUGGCUGGUUCUAUUCUCUCAUGUCAGAAUGCUCAGCUGGUAAACUCCCUGGAAGGCUGUCAGUUGAUUAAAUUUGACAGUGAUGGUGUCUGUGUUUGCUGUGAAAUGCAGCAUCAAACAUCAGGCUGCAGCAACCUUGGAGAAACCCUGAAACUGAACCCACUGCAGGAGUGUAAUGUUGUGAGGCUGACUCUAAAGGAUCUAUUGUUCAGCGUGUGUGCUCUCAAUAUCAUCUCCACAAUUGUCUGUGCUUUGGCAACUGCAAUGUGCUGCAUGCAGAUGGUUUCUUCUGAUGUUUUGCAAAUGUUUCUGCCACAGAGGUCACAUUCCACCAACCCGGACUGUAUGACUCCCCAUGGAACUAUUCUGCAUCAGACCCUGGACUUAGAUGAGUUCAUACCUCCAAUACCACCACCACCCUACUACCCACCUGAAUAUACCUGUGCACCUGUAAUGGAAGCACAGAGAGGUCUCCAUUUGGACUUUCCUCGUUCCCCCUUCAGUGCUUUAUAUGAAGUCACCAUUAACAGCCCAGGAAUGCUAUAUCCAACGGAGCUACCCCCUCCUUAUGAAGCAGUGAUUGGACAGACCCCUGCUAGUCAGAUCACCGCUACAGCUCAGCAAGUGACUGAAUCCAGUUUGGGUGAGAGAAACACGACAGCCAGCUUUAGCACACAAGUGUCUGUUGAAAGUACCUCUCUUAUGGUCCCUGAGGUUGCUGACAUCCCAGAUCAUAGCUACUCUUCAGAGGAUCUUUAUUCUCUGGAAGUUCAGGGGUCUCUUCGUUCCACACACUUUUCUCCAUACAGUACAAUCCACAAAGGGGCCACAAAUAGGAGCUGCAACAGUUUGGAUCACAGCAUUCGCUCUGGGUUUCACAGGACUAAUUCACAAUGUUCCUCUGAUGAGGAUGGGAGUUCCCACAGCAGAGCUUCUAUGGACAGGUCUCAAGACCAGGAAUAUGAGAACUGUGUUCAUGGCAGAGCCUCAGACUUCUCUUCAGAGAAUUUCAGCCCAUCAGAAAGAGAAUCCCAGAGCUCUGUUAGAGAAAACAAAGCCAUGCCACCCUUGAAACAAAUGAAAAUCUGUUGUGGGGUCUUUAACCAGCCUGCUGCUGUAUACUCUCAGCCCUCUCCCUGUUCUGUGCCUGCAAGUACUUCAUCACACUAUGGCUGCCCCGAGAAAACUGCCCAGCAGCAUUGCAUUAGAAAAUACGGCAUUCCAAACAUAGUCCGAUCUACUAGUGACCCUGUAUCAUGUUCAUCCAGCACAGAAGUUCCCGUUUCUAGUUCUCAUGUGGCUGCCUCUGCUUGCCAGGACUCUGUAAGCCGUUUCCCACCCACUGGAAAACAAAGAGAAACAAGGAAAAUUGACCUACAGUUAAAGCCAAAGGCCUUCAACACAAUCUCCAAAGAGCGACCGCACUCUUUAGUAGACCUUAAGGCCUAUAAAGACACAAAAAUUUUGGUGGCUAAAUUUUUGGAACAUUCAAACUGUAAUCUCCCUCCAGAAGUGCGUCACGUUGUGAACAGCAUAAGAUCUGUAAUCAAAUCUGAUGAAAGACACAUGGAAGAAGCCAUCUUCAGUGCCAACAUUAUAGACCAGGUAAUUACAAGUUCCAAGCAGAAUGUGAAUACCUCUAGAAAACGACUUCAAGAAGAUCUUCACCUUCAGAGCUGUGGUGCUCUAAGUUCUCCAGUUGCCUUCUUACGCAGGUCCCACAUCACUCAAAGUUUAGAGAGGGACAGGCCACACAGUUUGAUUGGAGUGUGCCGGGAGACCAUCCUUUGACAACAGCUUACAGGUAUGCAGAAAAGCUGAUUCCAGCUAAGAGAAGAGUCCAGCACACAGAGAAAUGCAAAUAAUGGACGGCUUAGAAAGGAAAAAAAAGUGUCUUCCUUUUGGAAUUCCACUUUUUAUUUAACAGUAGAAGAACACCACUCUUUCCGAAUGUAAAUUUUUGAGCCCUGCAGUUUGCAAAAUGUAAAGGGUUAUUAUUAAACUGGUAACAAAUAUUUUCCCAAACAGACAUGCAUUGAUUUGAACGUAUUGAUAAAGAUGCUGCUGCCAUGCAGCAUUUGCUGAAAACCAUCACCAAGAGAUCUUUUGUACAACUUACAAGUUGCAUUUAUUUAAUGUACCUCAAUGGGUUUUAACUAUCAUCAGUGUUUUAAUAAAAAGUAUUUCUGGA